GCAAAUGAGCUUCAAAGUUUGUUUGAUGUUGUAGAUGGGUAUGGAAGGGACCUUUGGUGUGAGAUUUUGCAGUGAGGAAAGCAAGGUAAUGAUUGUGAACAGAUCAGAGAAUGAGAGAAAUUCAGUGUGGAGACUGGGAGGGAAUGAGUUGCAACAGACAGAUGAAUACAAGUGUACUGAUAUGUACAUAUAGUAAUCGCCAACCAGCGAAAAUCCUUGUUAUAUGAGAACAAUCACAAACUACUCUAUCCACUCGUCCAGUCAAUGAAGCAGUAUCAUGAAGCCAACACAGCGAGGUGGUACCAAGGAUACUUGCUUGACUGAUGUACAAUUUUUCAUAGGGAAGAAGCUAAGAAAGCUAAUGUUGUAUAAUACAUGUUAGAGUAUUGUAUUAUAAUCUGUGGUGUGAAUGGGGGAAGAAUGAAUGAACAGUGGUUAGAGUGUACUGUGUAUUUGUUAAGGGGUUCAUUUGACUCGGAGAGAAGACUCAUAGUUGAGCGAGUGAGGAAAUGAAAUCACUCUACCAAGAGCAAUUGAGCUAUCAACACCACCACACCUUGCUGACCUGCAUUUACACCAGUGGGUUAUCAUGGAUCUUAUUCCUCAGGACAAGAGAUGCCUCCAUCUGGGAGGUGAGGAGGCUGAUGUGGCAUUCAGCAAGGAGCUCUUCCAGCGGUGGUAGUGCACCAGACCAACGUAGCCAUCGGACAGGGCCUUGAGGCGCUUGUCUGUCCAGGUUCCAGUUCCCUGUGCCGGAGGCUGCCUCUGGUUCUGGAUGUCCUCUAUCAUCUGUGCAUUGGUGGGAGAAGACUAUGGAUCAGACCUUUUUAAGUCUGAUGAUGAUGAUGAUGGCUGUGAUUAUGUCCAGCCCACAGACAGCAGCAGCAAUGAUGAAUCAAGUGAUAAGUGUGCAAGAAAUCCUCCCUGUGGCUCCACAGUGCCUGCCAUGACCAGGGUGCCUCAGGAAGCAACUACUUUUUCAGUGGUCCCAGUCUUGGUGAGAGAAGAUUGUGGAUCAGACCUUUUUGAGUCUGAUGAUGAUGUGGCUGACCAUAAUUAUGUCCAGCCCUCACAAUUCACCAACAGCAAUGACUUCAGGUGGUCACUGGAGCUGCUUCACACUGCCAUCCGCGAGCACCGGUGGGACAAUGCCUUCAGGUUCCUGCCGUGUGUCAUCACCCACACAGCACCACAUCUUCCCCUGGAGUUCCUGUUGCGGGUGACGGACGUCAUCACCAGAAAUGUCCCAAGUCUGUCUGUGGAUGACAGAAAAAAAUUCAGGUCCAUUCUUCAUGGUAUGAAGUUAGAGACAUCAGUGUUUCAUGACAUUUUAUCACAAGAUCUUGCAGAAGCAACAGACAGAGAUGCUGAUGGACUAUUGCAGAUGAUAGAGGACAUCCAGAACCAGAGGCAGCCUCCAGCACAGGGGAUUGAGACAAGGACAGACAAGCGCUUCAAGGCCCUUUCUGAUGGCUACAUUGGUCUGGUGCACUACCACCGCUGGAAGAGCUCCUUGCUGAAUGCCACAGCAGCCUCCCUGCCACUGGACGAUGAUUUCUGCUCAGUGAGCAUCUGUGGAAGUCAAGGAACAGGAAACACUGACAAGAAAGAGAUUGUCAGAACAGCUCACUCAUUCCUGAAGAAAGCUUUCAAUGGUCUUAUCGAACCUUGUGACUGGUUCAUGCUGCAAUUCCUGGAGCUGGAGAAGGAGCUGUACGGACAGGAGUCGGCCAUCAGUGUGUUGGAGCGGUACAAGAGUGACCCUUGCCAUGCCCCAGCGCAUCACCUCGCCUACCACUUCUACAAGAACCUGGUUCCAGGAUCAGUCAUGGAGCAACUAAUGGAGCUGGAGGUGCUUCUGUCUUCUCACUUCUCUUAAUUCUUUUUACUCCAUGUUUUGUUUUGUUGCAAGCUACCUGUGAGCAAGAGAGCAACUAAUGGAGCUGGAGGGGCUUGUCUUCUCACUUAUCUUAGUUCUUUUUACUCCCGUGUUUUGUUUUGUUUUGUUCUGUUGUGAUGAGUGAGUGAACAAGAGAGUAACUGAUUUAGCUGGAGGUGUUUCUAUCUUCUCACUUCUCUUAGUUCCUUGGUCAUUCAUUUCUCUAUUUACUUUAUAUUGUGUGUUAUGAUAAUUGAACUAACAAGAGGGCUAAUAGUCAGUGCCAAGUGUUACAAAACUGUUGUGUGUGUUUUAAACAUUGUGUUAUACUUAGUUGCUGUGCAGUGCCUAGAAAAUACACAGGCCAUGAUGAAAGUUCAAGCUAUAGAGCUUCAUAAGAAAGGUGAAACAAACAGAAAAAUUAGCCAUGCAGUUGCUGCCAAUAUAAAGACUGAAGUGAAAUGGUGUGAUGAGGGGUAUGAGGAUGUGCCUCACCAUGACAGUCAUGGUGCACCAGCCCACUAAGUUUGACAACACCUUGCAUACUCUCAAAAUACAGUUGAAGGUAAAUCCACAGAUUACAGUUAAAAGAACACAUUUGUUGGGUUGGUCCACCACCAUGCUUGUGGUGAGGGACAUCCUCACAUCCAUCGUCAUGCCAUUUCUUUACCAACACACUCACAUACACCAUGCUGCAUACAACUUUUUAUCCUUUCCGAAGAAUUCUUCUAUUGUAAUUUUAAUUGGAAAAAUCAGAUUCACACAACCUUCUCUUUUCCUAAAUAAAUACAAAUGUAUGCAACUUUUAGAAUUCUCAAAUACAAAUAU